AUGGAUCUAUAUGAAAUAUAAUAAAUUAAAAAAAUAAGAUAUAUAGACGGUAAACUACAAUUCUUUAUAAAAUGGAAAGGAUGGCAUGAAAAGCAUAAUACAUGGGAACCAUUUGAGAACCUAAAAAAUUGUACUUGGGCAAUUCAAUAAUAUAGUGAAAAUAAUAAAAUAAAUGCACGAGCAAAUACAAAAGCAUGGGAUACUAAUAACCCUUUUCUAUCAUAAAUUACUGAUAAAAUAUGCAAUAUAUAAUAAGGAAGUUUAUUAAUUAAAGAUAUUCCAUUAAAAAUAGUCGAUAUUUAAAAAAAUCCUAAUGAUCCUGAGGAUUUUAUAUAUGAAGUUUCGUGGUCUGUAAGAAAAAAUAAAGAAUAGCCACUUAAUACUUGGGUUCCUGGAAGAGAAUUAAAACCCAAAUAUCCAGAUAUUAUAUUUAAAUAUUAUGAAUAAUUAAUAGUAUUUUAAUGA